GGCGAUUCCGUUCAAGCAGCUUAGAAGCAGAGAACUCUCUGAUACUGCCGGGAGAACGCACCCUAGGCGUGUCGCCAAGUGAUCCGCUGGAGGAGCAGCCCGAGCGACACCACGCCAUCGAUUGACGCUAUACGCGGCUGCGAAGCACAUAUCAACCCAUCUUCUCUAUCUUGCUGGCCCGCCCACAUGCCUGCGUCGGCCAAAAGCCGUACUGAUGUGUCGCCGGGCAUACCUGCGGCCAUUUCCGUCAUGAGUUCUGCAACGACACCCGCGUUGGUUACGAGUGCAUCAGCACCCGUCCCUGCAGUUGCUGCUCCACCCAUCUCCAUUAUCUUGCGUGGGCCUUCCACUACUUCACGCACAUUCUUCACCGCCUUGCCUCCUACCCUGGAAGAUCUGCUGGCCAAAGCGCGCAAGCUAUUCAACAUUCCAACCUCUCACACGCCAUAUAUCACACUGGGCUCAGAUGAACGCGCCAUCAUCCUGGAAGACUCUAUGCCUUUUUUGCGGGACCGUGAGCUGCUCAUCACAAGGUGGAACCUCGAAAGCCCAAGCAACAAGGGCUCGCGGCCUGCUUCUUCGUCGAGCGCGUCAACGGGGACGCCUCUCGCUGCUUUAAAUUGUGGCAGCACCAGGAAAGUCAGAUUCUGCGAAACUGCCGUGGAGGAGGAGGACAAGAAGAAGAAAGAAGCGGCGCAGGGCAAUGGCACUGCUAGUCCCAGCGCCGGCGUGUCUGCUGCUGAGUCCUCGUACUUUGACUCUGUGUCUUCAUCACAAAGGUCGGCCAGCAGCAACGGCAGCAGUUCACCCAAACAAACCAAAGAAAGUGCCAGCGGGGGCAUCGGCGGUAGCAUUACGACUAGCGUUGCCAGUGCCAGCUCGCCCGUGAGCAAAGGCAUGCUGUACGAUCGAAACAGUGCUCCUUCGUCCUCCGCUUCGAUGCGAGCAGGCACAAAUUCCAGCGCCAACUCCAUUUCACUAAGCACAUCUCUAUCGCCUUCUCACAAGUCGUUCGAUACCCCGAUUUCCGCCCCAACUGCUUCCCCAGCUGCCGACCCAGUAGCGACAUUGCCAGCCGCCCUUGCACAAGCUCAAGCAUCGGCGCCAGUGCACGUACAACCGACGCUGCCCUUAGCUACGAUGGCACCCGGCUCUAUCGGCAGCAGCGCGAUGGCGCGCGCGGCGCAUGCGCAACGCGUCUUGCAGAAAGCAAAGGAGCGCAUCCUCCGGGAGGACGCAGAAGCGCAGCUGAAGGAGGAGCUAGAGCGUGAAGCAGAAAGGGAGCAAGUGGCUCAACAGGAGCGUCAGCGUGAAGCAGAGCACGCACAUCACCGCCAGCUUGAGCUUGAGGAGAAGCGUGAGCGCGAGCGCCAAGCAGUGCGCGAACGCGAAGCGGAACACGAGCGAGAGCGCAAGAGAGAAGAAGCGGAGGAGGCUGAGAGAGCGUGUCUCCAGGCAGAGGAGAGAGAGCGUGCGCACAAGGAGGAAGAGGGGAAGCGCGAGCGACUUGCACAAGAACGGCAGGAAUAUGCCGCACAGCGCCAGCAGCAACUGCAACGCGAGCGCGAACAACAAGAGCAAGAAUGCGCACGCUUGGAAGAGCAGCGCAGGCUCGAGGAGAACAAAAAGCAGCAUAUCAUGGCGGCGGCCCGAGAACGAGCACGUGCUCGGGAGCGGGAGCGCCAGCGUGUCAACGAAGAGAAGGUCGAGAAGGCCGAGCGCGAGCGUGAAGAACAGCUCAAGCAGGAGGCACAAGCGCAGCGUGAGCGGGCGGCGCAUCUCGAGCGUGAGCAGCAACAGGAACAGCCACAGCCGCAAGAGCAGGACCAGCAGAUGAAGCAAGCAGCUCCAACGGUAGAUUUGCGACUUUCCAACCGCUCAAGGCGUCUCUCUACCGCUGCUGCUCUGGACAAGGAUAUUGAACCCGAAGCCGAUGUAGAGCCCGCGUCUUCCAGCACUGCCGUUGAGGACGCGUCGCCCUCGCCGCCGCCGCUCAAGACGCGUACCGGACGAAAACAGCAGCACCAGCAGCAUCGACAGGAGCAGGACCAAAAGCAUCAGCAGAACAGAUCAUCGGCACGGAGGAAGCAGGAGCUUAUUUCACCGGAGAUGCACUGCGAUAUCAUCCCUGCGUCUGAUGACACGCUGCACGAGCAGGAGGAAGAGAUGGAGGCAGAAAAGGCAGCGCUCAAGUCGGCUACAAGCAAGCCAUCUCGACGUACGCGCCGCAGGAAGGUUGAUGAGUAUUUCCGCAGCUCUCCGCAGACUGCAAUCGUGCUGUCUUCGUCGCCGAUUGUUGCUCCUCUCCAGCUGCCACUUGUCAAAGGCAGCGAUGAUGUUCAGGACGAAAAUGAGGACAUGGAGGACGCGGACCUUGCCCUGCGGCCGACUUCGCCAUUGCUUCAGAAGCAAAGGCAGAUGCAUCCGCAUGAACAAGCGCAAACACAGUUACAUGCAGCAGCACAAAUGCAACUUGUCAUCGACAUUGAAGAUGCCGACGAGAUGGCGGUCGCAGAGGCGCUGUCCAAUCAGAGCCAGUCGUCGUCUGACAUGCAGCCCAGCCCAUCUCCCACCAAGCGCAGCCACGACAGUACGGGGAUAUGGCAGGCUCGCAAGCGCCCAGCGCUCAUGGGCCGCCAGGCUCCGGUUGCCGCGUUGCAGGACGAACAAAUUUCGGCCAAAGACUCUGAAGUGCGGGAACAGAAGGACGAGCACGAGCAGACUCAUGCUAAUGAGAUUAAGAAAAGUCCGAUUGAAGCGGCGCGAAGAGCGUAUGAGUUAGCGCGACAGGUCCUUGAAGCGAUACGCGUUCAUCCCAGCAAUACUGGACCACGCAAAGCUCUCUCUGGUGUCGGCGCUGUGCACCUCAGUGACAUCUUGAAGAAAAUCAGCACACGUGCAUAUGACGAUGAUGCGACAGAAGACGAAGCUGCGACAGGCGCAUAUAUGAUACAACGCUUACAGAUAGAUCUCAAGCACAUGUUCAGCGCUGCGAAAGCAUUCCAUGGCCCGCGCUCCUCCCUAGUGGACGGCUGCGAGAUUUUGGAGACCUUUGCCUCUGUGUAUAUCGACGAGAUCCUGAGGAAGCUGCGGCGCGAAGCUGCAGCCGCCUCCAGUACCGCCAUCUGCGAGCGUGCGCAGGCCAACCAGACGACCUGGGGAGACUUGAUCAAGAGUGAGGACGGUGCUGCGCAAAUGCUAUCCAUUGUUCCCUUGGGCUGACAACGUGUCCCUGCUACAGACGCCGCACCGACCUUCCCAUCCUUCCCCCCUUACAUCGGCAAAAUUUCGAAGCCACUGCCACGAGGUGGUGCACGCGGGCGGGAGCUCGACCGUGCGGCUCCCAGCUCGUCAAUUGCUGCCUCUCCGGUGGAUACCUUGCGCAAUUCGAGCUCGAGCGAGCAUCAGAGCGGAGCAGGCAAGUCGUUCUGGGACUUGAUGCCGAAGGCUGCCCCAGGCAGGGUUAAGCGCGGAUGAUCCGGCGCUGCCCAGCCGCCAGGGCGGGCCUUUGACGAUUCGACUUAUAGCAUCGUCUAGCGUGAGCCAUCUAUUAUGAAAGCAAGACUGCGAAAAAACAACAAGUUGUAUUCUAAACAAGCAAUUCG